UCGUAAAGUGGAUUAAAUGAUGAACUGUCGUAAAGUGGAUUAGCUAAAUGGCCUCCCCCGGAGACCAUUCGGCCGGACUUUGCUGAAAGAUCUGUUUUAUUCUUCGUCUUUAGUCGUUAACUAUUGACACCUGGUGGAAGCUGAGCUUCUACUUCUAGAUUCGGAACACAUCUGAUCCAUAAAGGAUCUUUGGUUACUAACGUAAACCUAGUUUGGGCAUUAGCUUACGCUGUUUGCUAACGUUAGCUUACGCUGUUUGCUAACGUUAGCUUACGCUGUUUGCUAACGUUAGCUUACGCUGUUUGCUAACGUUAGCUCCUGAGCACCACGGAGAGCUUUUCUACAAAGACAAAAAGGAGUGAUUCGGAGUGUCUAACAUAACGUUACGUGCCGAACAAAAGAUUGUGUCCAUAACAUUGGACUUUAUUGAAUUCAAUCGGUUGAACAAUUCCUAAAAGUUGGCAUUAAAUCAGAAUAUUUCCAGAUGUGGUUGGCGUUAGUAAAACGUUGGUUCCGGUCACAUGUUUCCAGUCGGACUCAACAACAUUGAGCAAACGCCGGCGACCAGCGCCUCAGAAUGGACCCGGUCCACAGAGCUCUGCUGCGGACACACAGGCUGUAUCUGUCCGGGCAGCUACUGGUCACCGACACCAUCGUUCCGUUCCUGUAUCAAGAGGACAUCCUGUCGGACCGCCACGUGGAGGACAUCGAGGCCCAGACCACCAGCACCCUCAGGUGCCUCAGGCUGCUGGACCUGCUGCCGGCCCGCGGGCCCCGGGCCUUCCACUGCUUCCUCAGGUCUCUGGAGGACUUCAGCUGGGUCAGAGACAAGCUGCUGCUGGAGCUCCAGACGGGGCCAGGACCGGAAGCCAGCUCAGCAGACGUCCAGCUCCCCGACUCGGUCCUGCAGAAGGUUCCUUCAGACCGGUUCUUGUCCCGGCUGGUGUCCCGGCUCGGCUCCGAGUGGGAGGCGGUCCUGAUGGAUCUGGGUCUGUCCGCGGAGGACUGGUUCCGGUGUAGUUCCGAUCACCGUCUCAGUACUCACGGAGCAGUUCUGGCCGGUUUGGUUCGGUGGAGACAAUUUGGAGGGAAGACCGCCACGGUCCAGAGACUCCUGAGGAGUCUGCAGGACGCCGGUGUCCAUCCGUCGGUCUUGGAGGACGUCCUGCUGUGACCAUGUUCCACAAACAUCUCCACUGUCACUUUAAGGACUUAAGGUUUCUUAAAUGAACUUGUUUAUGUUGUUGUCUCUUAACAUUGAGUUUCUUUCAAUUUGUGUUUUUUGUGACUGUUUCUUAUGUUGCUGCCUGUCUUGGCCAAAAGAGAUUUUUAAUUUCAAUGGGACUCACCUGGUUAAAUAAAGAUUUAUAUUU